AUGUUAAUUCCAAGAGUUUCAUCCAAAUUAAUUCAACGAUUGCAACUUCUCGAUUCAAAUUUUGAUGAUAACUUCUCAACAAAUAUACUCUUCCUGUAUACAGAUGGUCUGUAUGGAGCUGAUUUCUUACAUUUAACUAAAACGAUGAAACGACAAGUUUUGUUUCUUAAUGUUGCUCAAGUUUUUAAUUUAUUUCCUGUCGGAUUCGAUCCUUGUAAGACAAAAACAUCAUAUCGUGUAAGAGGAAAGUGGAAUUAUUUGCUUAUGAUAAGAUUUUGGUUCAAAACUAUAUUUGAAUUACCUCAAUUACAACAAUAUGAUUAUAUCAUGAGACUUGAUGAUGACUCAAAAAUCUUCGGUCGAUGGUUCAAUGUUUUUGAUGAAAUGCGUCUGAAAAAUGCAGUUUAUUUUGCAAAUAAUAUUGAUAUUGAUUUAGAAGAACAAUUGCCUGGUACGAUGAAAAUGAAAACAGUGACAUCCGAUUAUAUACAACAAUAUAACAUUAAACCAAAACAGUUGGAUAUGUUAAACAAUGCAUUUAAUAAUAAAACUGUUUGGAAUUAUUAUAAUAAUUUUGAAGUAUCAAAAGUUGAAUUUUUUCGACGUAAAGAAGUUCGUCAUUGGAUCGACGCUAUUGAUUCUACGCACGGCAUUUUUAAAUAUCGAUGGGGCGAUGCUGUCUUGCGGUACCUUACGCUGGCUCUAUUUGCUGAAAAACGUGAGGUAUUACAUAGACCUGACUACAAUCUACCAUAUUGUCAUAAAUGUCCAUGA